AUGGGGACAGAAGUAGCUAUAUCAUUCAGUUCUUUACGUACUCAACUAGAAAAUGAAAAGAGUAGUUUAUUUAAAAUAGAUGAGAAUAUAAAGAAAAUUGUUCAAACAACCGGAAGAUUCAACGAUAGAUUCAAUUCAUCAGGAGAGUACCCCAGAGGCAACAACAGGACAGGAGGCAGAAAUGCUUUUCUAGACGGAGCGAAUAAUUUCAAAAAUGAAGAUCAAUUCGCAAAGCGAAAACAUGAAACCAAAACUGUGUUUAGCAGAUUAUCAGCCCGUGUUCACGACAGCGAUGGUGAAGAGGAUGGCCCUGGUAAUAAAAGAGCACGAGUGCCAUCAGCAGUUUGUCGAGAGCUGCCUACUAGAGCUGCAGUCCUCCGGGCACAGGGUGAUGACGAACAGGCUAGGACUCGGAAUAGACGCAUUUUCGGAUCAUUAUUAGGUACUCUACAAAAAUUCAAACAGGAAGAAAUUGGAUUACAAACUAAGGAAGAUAAAAAAGCCCAAGUAGAACGAAAAAUAGAAGAACAAGCCCGAUUAGAAAAGGAAAGAGAGCAGAAAGAAAGAAAGACUUUAUUUGCAGAAAGAGAACAUAAGAAAGCCACAAUUAAAGCUUUAGAGGCCAAGAUGGGCCGGGUUCAAGAGUUUGAGAAGUGGGAGGCAUCACAAAAGAACCUUGGUAACUUUAUACUGACAAAGUCCAAACCACACGUUUACUGGUUGCCUAAGAAGAUGUCUGAUAAAGCUAAUGAAAAGUUGGACGCCAGUAGAAAAUAUCAUGAGAAGUAUAUGACUAAGAAGAAGCAAGAACUUCAAGAAGAGCUCCAUCGGAUAGAGCAGCGCUGUCUACGGCCAAGAGGCCCGGGCGGACCUGCCGCCAAGGAGAACGACCCGGCUCACCAAGAUCAUCAGGACAGCCAGGACACAGGGGUCAAGAAACGGGACAAGUUUGCCAUGGAUGUUGACAAAGAAGAUAGUGAAAAUGAAGAUGCCCAUGAGGAGGAAAACCAUGGAGUUACUAAAGAGAAUGGUGAACAGGAGACUGAAACUAAAACAGAUGUGAGUAAGCAGGAGUCAUCAAUAGACCAGGAUACAAGCAUGGAACCAGCACUGGACUCUUCGGCGUUAGAAACCCCACAAGUGUCCAUGGAAGUGAGCGCCCUGGACGAGUCGCAGGCUGGUACGGUGCAGAGCGAGGAAAACUCCUAA